GAGCAGACGUACCGCGACUUCCUCAGGGUAAGCAUGUUCCUCCAGGGCUCUCUGCUUCUCUUGGGCUUCACGUGUUUUCUUGCACUUUUCCAGGCUGCUGUUGGAAUUGAAUGUGGUCAGGGUGAGAAGGUAUCUCUACGUAGGGACAAGUGUGAACCCUGUCCCCCCAAACAGUACCGUCCAAAACGAGGGGACCAUGUAGAAUGUCUGAACUGUGUAGAAUGCAAAAACAGUAGAGAAGUUGCACCCUGCACAUCAAUUGCUAACACAAAGUGUGAGUGCUGGGAGGGCUUCUCACAUCUUCCUGGUUCCAAAGAAAUGUGCAGAUGCAAAAAGGGGUCAGGAAUUGAGUCGUUAGGAAACGGUGAAAAUACUUGUAAGCCAUGCCCAAACGGAACCUUUUCCAACAAAUUUAAUGGCAUUUGUCAACCAUGGAGCAAAUGUGACCACAAUGGUAUCAUGGUUCCAGGAACUAAUUCGUCUGAUGUCAUUUGCCAAACGACACCUGAAAACGCAGUAACGAAGGUUUCAGCUCUCACCUCGACACCCCACCCCGCCAUAGUCACGCAUCAAACAUCUGCAAACGCCUCCACUAUGGCGUCAACACGAACGGCAACCACCAAGAAGCUCGUCUCCACCGGCACAACCAAGCAGAUGCAGCUGCAGCACUGGCUCGUUCCUCUGAGCUGUGUUCUGGCUCUCCUCCUGAUACAGCUGGCCAUCAUCAAGCUGAAAGUCAAAACCUGCUUUCAGAAAAAUAAGACAGGGGUGAUUAGGCAAGAUUCGUGUGGGAAGCCGGUGGAGGAAUCUGGGGAGAAGUUUAUUCCACCUGCUGUCUGAACCCUGUGUGAUCCUCCUAUUUAUUCUGACAUUAUUCUGACAGUCUUUAAUAUUCCUUUUGAUAAAAACAAUGAUAAAAAAAAAACAAGGUAGGUAUCAUAUACCUGAGUAAACGCAGUGUUUUAGCUGUACAGUGUUUUAUUUUAUCUGCCGUGGCAUCAGGCAUCAUAAUAAAACCAGAAGGAGGUAUAGUCAGCUCAGUGUUCCAUGAUGAAUGGGAACUGAAACCAGCUAUAUAUAUAAAUAUAUAAUUAUCAGAAAGUCCAUCAGCUUAAUAGACUAUUUUUGAGUCAUUGUUCUCCCUUUUUGUCAACUUUGUGUGUUUGUCAAAGUUACAGAUGAUGAAGAUAAUGAUUUGCAUUAUGCUGUAUAGUGAUCGUGUCUUACAGGCACUGAGGUACCAGCAAGAAAUUGAAUUGUGUAAUUCAAACAUUAGAUACUAGGUGAAGAAAGUUUGUACAUUUUCUAUUUUUAUUGCCUUGUAUUUUUCUAAAAUUACUUUUUCUAAGUGUAUGUUAAAAAUGAUCAAUUUCAAUUGAGUUAUGUUAUAUGUAUAUAUGUUACAUUUUUGUUUGUUGAAUUUAAAGGGAUUACAUACAGCUCUAGAAAAAAUGAAGAUACCACUUCAGUUUCUCUGAUUUAGCUAUUUAUAGGAUUAUGUUUCAGUAAAAUGAAGAUUGUUGUUUUAUUCUAUAAACUACAGACAACAUUUCUCCCAAAUUCCAAAUAAAAAUAUUGUCAUUUAGAGCUUUUAUUUGCAAUAAAGGGAAAACAAGUUCAUAUUCAUAAAGUUUUAAGAGUUCAGAAAUCAAUAUUUGGUGGAAUAACCCUGUUUUUUAAUCACAGUUUUUUUCAUGAAUCUUGGCAUCAUGUUCUCCUCCACCAGUCUUACACACUGCUUUUGGAUAACUUUAUGCUGCUUUACUCCUGGUGCAAAAAUUCAAGCAGUUCAGUUUGGUGGUUUGAUGGUUUGUGAUCAUCCAUCUUCCUCUUGAUUAUAUUCCAGAGUUUUUCAAUUUGGUAAAAUCAAAGAAACUCAUCAUUUUUAAGUUGUUUCUUAAUUUUUUUCCAGAGCUGUAUAUAUGUAGUUUAAAAUAUAGAGACAAGCUGCUUUUUGUUUUUUUUUUUUACAUUUUUUUCAUAUUAUUGAAGAUUUUAUUAUGUACUUUAUCUGUCAGACCUCUAUUUCUUCUCUUUACUGCUUUUGCCUACUUAACCUACAAAACAUGCCCUUAGCUGGUUAUUCAGGAAGAGAAAGAUGAGAUGGUGGAAACUCAGAGGAAUUUAGGUUGGAGUUUGGGCAGCUUCAGCUUGUCCUAGAAAGCGUGUCCCUCCCUCUCCUAUAGUAUAGAGUCAGGAGGGAGAGAUAACAGAGACUCUACUGUGGAGUUAGAUUGUGAGGGGGGGGAGCUUCAGGCAUGAGCCUCCUCCCAAAAAUUAGUUAUUUCGUAACAAACUGAGAUUUAUUCCUAAACUCUGACGCUAUUUUAACAGCGUGGGUGUAAGGCAUAAAAAUAGACUGUUGAUGGGGUGUAAGAUAGCGAAGAGCAGGGUGUACAAUAGGGCCCUUUUUAACUUUUAAUAGUUACAGAGUUCUCUGUCAUUCUUUAUAAUAACUUUUUCUAGUUAUUAUGAUAAAAAAAUGUGAAUAUGCUGUGUAAGUGAAGUGUAGUAACACUGUUAAAAUCUGUUACAGCACUGCUUUAUUUUACUUUUUAGUUUUUUGGGUUUUUUUUUACACAAUAGUUUUUUUUUCCAUGAAAGUGCUAAACUUUGCACUAUUUAAGUUCACUGAACUUUGUUCCACAUUUGCAUACAAGGCCACACAUCAGAUUUCUGAAUGGGUACAUCUGCGUAGGUUCAGGAGAAGGUGCUCACUGUGGUCAUGACCUUUUUUUUGGGUGUUUCCAAGGUGCCCUUUUGUUCUUCGCAGAUGAACGAACGCCUGUGAUGAAUCAGAAGCUCCUGAGAUACUCCUCCUAAACCAAACCUGGAUAGUGUGAGACUUCUGUUUGUCUGUUUCGCUUAGUGUGGGCUGAGGACAAUAUCUGGGAAUUUUCUUUUUGUUUUAUGGUUUUGUAAGAUCUGGCCUAAUCUAAAAUCUGGAUAAUGUGGGAUUACAGAUUAAGGUACCACUUUAAAAUAAGACUACCUUUAUAAAGGGUUUAUAAAUGGUUUACAAUUAGUUUAUUAAUGGUUACUAAUUAGGUUGUAAAUGCCUUAAAAUAAUAAUUAAUCAUUAAUAAUCAGUUAUAACACAUACGUAGAAAGAGCAACAGUAUAGAUGGCUGUGGGUUCACUAUUUGACAAACAAAAGGUCAUUGUUGCCCUUUCUACGUGUGUCUAUGUGUUAUAAAUGAUUAUUAAUGAUAAUUAUGGCAUUUACAACCUAGUUAGUAACUUUAACCCUUGUGUGGUGUUCGGGUCUGUGGGACCCGUUUUUAUUUUUCAUCAAAUGAUACUAAGAAAUUAUUUUUUUCUAACUCAAACUCAUUGGCAUUGGCUCAAUUUUUGUGAAAAACAUAUAUCAAAACACAUUUUCGAUAAACACACACUGUACACCCCCCCCCACACACACACACACACAUUUAUAUUACAUACAGUAUGUUUGGCCAAGGGCUAAUAAACAUUGCUUCAUUUGUAAAUUUGAAACUAAACAGACUUUCUACUCAUAUCUUGAGUUUAAUUCAUUUUCUUUUACAUUUUAUUAAAAAACUAAUAAAAAAAGAGUAGCACUUUUUAAAAGAAAUGUAACAUAAGAAAGGUAAAGGGCAAAUAUUAACCAUGUAAGCUGUUUAUAUUGCUUGCAAUUUAGGUGAAGCAAGCAUGUGUAAAGCAUUUUAAUGUAAAAUUGCUUAAUUUUGCUGAAUUAAAUACAAGUAACAAAGUAAACGAGUAACAAAAAUAUGAACACCACACAAG